AUGGCCACAGCCACAGCUAGUCCAUGGGGUGACGAGUCUGCAGCCUCGCACUUCAGCAAGUUCACUCUGCGCACCGAGAACACCGAGGAGUGGCGCAAGCAGCCGCCCGCGCUUGUAAAUGCCGCCGAUCCGCGCUUCCCCGACAGCGCUGUUGAUCUCUCCGACAUCUGCGGCGACUCCGACUCCAACAGCAAGCGGCCUCGGCAGCCCGCUGACGGAGAAGAGACCUCAUCUGCCGCUCGCCCGUCGACCGGCCUUGUGUCGCUCGCGCAGCAGCUGCUGCAGCAGCAGAUGGGCGGCAACGCGCGAUUCACGUCGACUAAUUCGGGGAGCAAAGGCACCAACGUGGCGUCUCUAGCGGGACUCAGCGACUACGGCAGCUACACCGGUUCGCCCGUGACUCCGCUCAUGCCGAGCUUCAGCUGCGCGUCGUCUGAGGCGUCGGGCCAGUCGCCGGCGAAUCGCGCAUGGCGACAAUCGAGCGACCCUCGCGCGGUGUCGCAGCAGACGGCGACGAUGAGGGAAUCGUCGCUUCGCGAGAAGCUCCUGCGAGCGAGCAGCGCGGCAGCCUCCGAAACCUCCUCGCAGAGCUCUUGGCACGAGCAGCAAUCGCAAGCCGCGUCCGUCUAUUCCGCCCGCGAGUCCGCUUCGGCGGCCGACGACUACCACUGCGAGCCGGAGGAGAACGAGCAGGGCGAGCUCGACUUCUCGGACAUUAAAUCCGUCUGCCUUAACUUCGACGAGGCGCAGCAGCAAUCUGAGGAAAUGGAGUUCCAACGCGCGCGCCUCGAGAUCGUCGACAUCGUACCCCUCGCGUCCGGACCGCGGAACAGAUUCAUGUCGGCGUCAGCUGUCAACAUGCCCGAACACGUUCUUUUCGCUCUCACGUUUUCCGACUCCCCCGCGCUUCGCCUGCCCGGAGACGAGUCUAUCCAGAAGCUCUUCCCGCUUAACAUGCAGCAGCGCGCGGCGCAGGACAAACCGCAAGUCCCCGCGCACACGCACGGUUCCGCGUUCGGCGGGAACGGAGGCGCGAAGCGGAAUGAGAUAUUCCCAAGCUACCUAAGAAGCGGCGCAGGUGCCGCCGCCGCGUGCGGCAUCCCGAGCUACGGCAGCUACGCUUGA